CGGAGCGCGGCGCGCCGGGCAAAGGCGAAAGGGGGCCGGGCUUGGCGGAGGAGGACUCACAGGAGCCAUGUGGCCCAUUCUUUGGGCAACCGUGCGGGCCUAUGCCCCCUACGUCACCUUCCCAGUGGCCUUUGUGGUAGGGGCGGUGGGCUACCACCUGGAGUGGUUCAUCCGUGGCCAGCCGCCUCCACAGCCUCCUGAGGAGGAGAAGAGCAUCUCGGAGAGGAGGGAGGAUCGCAAGCUUCAAGAGAUUGCCGGAAAAGACCUCACUCAGGUGGUCAGCCUCAAGGAGAAGCUGGAAUUUGCCCCCAAAGCUGUGCUCAACCGGAACCGGCCAGAGAAGAACUAGCCCUCGCUGGAUGGCCAGAGGCCCUUCCUAUUCAAAAGAGUCAUGCCGAUUUGUUUGGAAUGUUGGUUUUUCGAUACCCCGUCUAAGCCCAGCCAAUCACUGUCUCCCAUUCAUGCCUUCCCCAUUUUUGCUGUGCUGCAGUGGGCGGGGAUGCCGAGUGCUACUAGAAUCCAUCAGCGGUUGUGGGGAGACAGGUGGACUGUGGAGAUCCUUCCGUGAGGGAUGCUGUUGUUGUGAUGGAACUUUUCCCAGAGUUGUUGGUGAAGGUUCCACGUUGUGUCUUGGUAAGAAGACCUUACCUUCCAUGCUGCUCUGCUCAAGGUUGAUACCUUACCUUGGCACAGGAGGGCUUUCAGAAGAACACCAGAGAAGUACAGCAACCCCAAGUCAGUGGGGGAAUCUCUUGUCUGGGGGGCCUUGGAGGGCAUCAGCUGAACUGAAUACUCUUCCAUUCUCCAAGGGUUCCAGGCUGGAGGGAAGCUAUACCCACCAAAUGAGGUGGUUAUCCAAGUGUCUCUGCCACGCUGCUACUCAGGAAAUUAGACGUUUCUUUCUCUAGGAGUUUCUGUCCAUUGCCUCGGGCUGUUGGCUUUUGAGGUGGAGAGGAGAAUGAGUCUGUCAUUGAAAUUAAAAAUAUAAAAAACUUUUAGAAAUUUUA